AUGUCCCUGAAGUGUUCUCCGCAGGAUCAUCUCGCAAAGAAAACAUCUCCGUCUGAGACCGAUUCUGGAAGGUCAGAGAUCUCCGCCGGCGGCUCGCCGCCUUUGCAGCGAAGAACGGUUCGGAUCAUCUAUAACGACGCCGAUGCGACGGACUCUUCGUCGAGCGACGAUGGAGAAGAAACUGGAGUCGAAGUGCGUUGCCGGAGAAUGAAGCGUCGUGUGACGGAGAUUGACAUCGGCAACUCGGCCUCAGAACCGCGCCGUAAACGACGGACGUCGAAGAGGAGAGCGAGUCAUCCGCUUGUGGAUGAAUCUCAACAGAAGUUCAUAGGCGUGCGUCAGCGGCCAUGGGGUCGUUGGGUGGCCGAAAUUCGCGAUCCUACUCGUAGCAGUAAGCGGAAGCGUGUUUGGUUGGGUACCUUCGACACUGCCGAGGAAGCGGCUGCUGCGUAUGACAGUGCCGCACUAAGGUUGAAGGGGCCGAAAGCUGCUACAAACUUUCCGAGUUCCAAGAAACCAACCUCAACUAUAUCUGAUGACAAGACGGGAAACAAUGGUUCACCGUGUUUCUCUACUAUCUCCUCCUCGACCGCCGUUACUACCAGCACCACUUAUACAAAAUUCGCUACCCUUCCUAUAAAGGUAACCUUAUCUUCUGGUCCCAUGGUUUUUCCUGUUCAGAACAUUACCGUUUGUCGCCAUUUACAAUUUUCACUAAGCUAA